AUGCUCGCCUUUCUGAAUCGAUCCUACUUCUGCCCUGAUUGCUGUAAAGGGUUCAAUACAGAUGACACAGCAAGCCAUUCUUGUAGUGGUCGUAAUUGCAGUAGUUGUCAGCGCACACGUUCUCAGAAAAAUAAUGGUGGCUGCCCAGAUUUUUCCCCAGGAAAAAAGACAACCAUUCACUGUAAAGACUGCAAGCGGGAUUUCUAUGGUUCAGACUGUUUCAAAACUCAUAAAGAAACAAAAGGCAAGAAAAAAGUGAGUCUUUGUCAGAAGCUAAAAAAGUGUUUAAAAUGCUGUAAAGGUUAUAUAGUCAAUCCAAAGAAGCCACACAAAUGCUACCAUGACAAUUGCCGUUACUGCCAUGAAUUUGUUGAAAUAUACAAUCACAAAAGUUACAUCCAACGUAUUAAAGAGGUAGAUGAUGAGGAACACGACGAUGAUGAUGAUGAUGACGAGGAAAAGAAGCUACCACCUCUCAUGGUGUUUGCUGACAUCGAAUGUUUGAUAGAGCCCACAGAGCAGGGAAAGCAGUUAUUCAUAGCAGAUUUGAUU